AUGGGUUCCUCCACAGAUUGGCUCACUUGGGCCUUCUCGCCAUCCAUCUCCGCAAUCAUUGUCACACUCAUAUUCAGCUUGACACUCCCGAUACUAAUCCACUCAUAUCUGUACCGAAAAGCUGCUGCGAAGGAGCUGCCAACAUUACUUCUACUAGGGCCGAGUGGUGCUGGCAAGUCUGCUUUACUGACACUUUUCGCCAACGGUAUCGCAUCAGCAACCCACACAAGCCAAGAGCCUCAAAGCGCCGUCUGCCAGCUUCCGGCCUCGACAACAACAUCCGAAGACCGUUACCGAUCCGAGAAUGACACUUCUUCACGAGCACAGCCGAAGUUUUUGCUUCUCGAUACGCCAGGUCAUGGCAAGCUUAGGCAUCACGCAACUUCCACCCUGACCUCAGCAGCAGCGCUGAAGGGACUGCUAUUCAUGGUAGACAGUGCGGCGGUGAGCUCAGCCAGUGGAUUGACAGAAGCUGCGGAGUACCUACACGACGUAUUACUGCUUUUGCAAAGAAGACAUACACAAGGCAAGACCUCGAAAGGACCACAAGCAGUACCCGUGCUUGUGCUAGCGAACAAGCAAGACGUGUUCACGUCAUUACCAUCGACCAUCGUGAAGACUAAGCUGGAAGAAGAGAUUGGGAAACUCAGGCAGACGAGGAGUAAAGGGCUACUGGAUAGUGGUAUUGGCAUGGAUGAUGAUGCUAGUGGUGAUGAGGAGGGUAAUUGGCUUGGCGAAUAUGGAGCAAAAGAGUUCAGAUUCGCACAGAUGCAGGAACAUGACAUUGAGAUUGAUGUCAUGGGGGGAAAUGUGAAGGGAGAUGGUGAUGAGGCGGGCAAGGUGGAUGAGUGGUGGUCGUGGAUUGGUGAAGGCCUGUAA